AUAAGCCACAUCCUCCUAAAACUUUCUCUGACAAAUCCUUUCUUUCUCCUUUAAUUUCUCCGGUACAGAGUUUUUUCCCCUCCUUUGCCACAAGUUUGAAGGAGAAGAACACCUUGAAUUGAUUUCUUACGAGGAGAGAGAAAACGGUGCAGAAAUGAGUGCUGCUUCUUUGUGUCAAUCAACUCUUCAGUCCCAGAUUAAUGGGUUUUGUGGGGGUCUUAACAUUCGCAAACUUCAGCCUUCUACUUCUAGCCCCAAUUCUCUUACCUUCACAAGGAGAAAAGUUCAAACUUUGGUAAAGGCAACAUCUCGAGUUGACAAGUUCUCUAAAUCCGACAUCAUUGUCUCUCCAUCUAUUCUCUCUGCUAACUUUGCAAAGUUGGGUGAGCAGGUAAAAGCAGUUGAAUUGGCUGGUUGUGAUUGGAUUCAUGUUGAUGUAAUGGAUGGUCGUUUUGUUCCAAAUAUUACUAUUGGACCUCUGGUGGUUGAUGCCUUGCGACCUGUGACAGAUCUCCCACUAGAUGUGCAUCUGAUGAUUGUAGAACCAGAGCAGCGAGUCCCAGACUUCAUCAAAGCUGGUGCUGAUAUAGUGAGUGUCCACUGUGAGCUAGCAUCCACCAUUCAUUUGCAUCGGACCGUAAACCAAAUCAAGAGUUUGGGAGCUAAAGCUGGAGUUGUCUUAAACCCUGGAACCCCACUAAGUACAAUUGAGUACGUGCUUGAUGUGGUUGAUCUGGUCUUAAUUAUGUCUGUAAACCCUGGCUUCGGCGGACAAAGCUUCAUUGAGAGCCAAGUCAAGAAAAUCUCAGAUCUGAGAAAAAUGUGUGUAGAGAAGGGGGUGAACCCGUGGAUUGAGGUAGAUGGUGGAGUUACUCCAGCAAAUGCAUACAAGGUCAUUGAGGCUGGAGCCAAUGCUUUAGUCGCUGGUUCUGCAGUCUUUGGAGCUAAAGAUUAUGCUGAAGCUAUAAAAGGGAUCAAGGCCAGCAAAAGGCCAGAACCUGUUGCAGUCUGAAGUUUCCAACUGUAAAAUUUUGUUGAAAAUCAGGAUCCGGAAUUCCUUAUACAUUCUCUCUGCUCUGGCAGAUGUACACAACAGCUGUUUGGAGCCAUUGUAUUAAUGCUUGAAGACGACAUCCAGCAAGAGUGCUUGUAGAAUAGAACCUGUAACAUAGUAUUGUUUUACACAAACUUCAUAUUAUACUAGAUUUCUUGGUACAUUAUUAUUGAAUUCUUAAACAUCUGUACAAAUGUUUUGGAUUGUACUGAUCAAGUACUAAUAAGAUGAAAACUUCCAAUCA